GGUGAUGCAUAUUUUACCAACCUAAAGUAGAAACGUCGGAAAAUGUCGUUGAUAAUAAUUUUUAGCCAAAGCAUUCAAGAAAAAAGAAAAUGAGUGGACGGUGAUGAGCAAUAAGUAAUCUAUUACACGUUUUCCGUUUUUAUUUAUUUUGUGUUGAUGUAACAAACUUCCUUGGCCAAAAUGGACGAUUGUAACGCUCAUAUUCACCCUCAAAGUUCUAUCUGUAGUGAUUCUAAUGGGGAAGAAACUUAUAAAUGUCAUGUGUCCACCGAAGCAGAUAGAAGAAUAUGUUUAAUAGGAAAUCUAAAAAAUGAUGCAGUUCUUCGUUCCGUGGCGGAAAGUUUUAAUGUACCUGUAGUUACUUCGGAAACUGGACAGGAAUAUCUCGAAGACAACAGUUGUUGUACAUUUUUUGUAAUUGAAAAUUUCGAUGGAGAUGUUUACAAUACCAUUUGUAAGUCAAAGCAAUCAGUGCUGGGCCCACCUGCAUUGCAACAAUUAGCCAAAAAAAACAAUAAGGAAUUACCUGACAACACAAGGCCACUGUUUAAUAUUGCCAUGAGGGGAGUUGUUGUGUGUUUUACGGGAUUUAGAAAUAAGGAUGAACUGACAAAACUAGUUCCCUUGAUCCAUCAUAUGGGUGGAUCAAUAAGGAGGGAUAUGACAGCAAAGGUGACACACUUAAUAGCGAACACAUGUGGAGGUGAUAAAUACCAGUACGCUUCCACAUUCAAAGUUCCUGUGAUGAAUCUUCAGUGGGUGGUCAGUAGUUGGGAGAAACGGUUGGAUUUAGAUUUUAGCGCCACUUUGGAUACAUUUGUUGCAAACUAUAAACUGAAAGCCUUCCAUGGUGCCAGAGUUUGCUUUUUGGGUUUUCCAGAAGAAGAAGAGCUACACAUGGUUGAGGUUUUGGUCGCCAAUGGUGGUAUGGUAACAUCUGCGGAUGACCCUAAUUGCACGCAUGUGGUACUGGAAAACUCGGAGGUGUUCGCGCUCGACUCAACAAGUGCCCAUCUUUCACCCAAAAUUACCUCUACCCUUAAGAACCUCCUAUCUGAACCGCCGCCCUCUCCCAAAACCCCCAAUAACAACAGUAUUCAUAAUUGCGCAACAAGCAAAAAUAGUAAAUGUUUGGAUACACUUUAUGAAGCAUCGCACAACGACGAUUUAGUAAGCGAAAUGGGCAGUAUAUGUUUUGAAGAUCAGUCCUUUAAUAUAAGCAAUAUUUCGUUUAAGAGGAAAAGAAAAAACGCGUCGCCCGAAUCGAAUUCGGAGAUAAAGAGGAAACGCGAGAAAUGUUACAGUGAAAGGAGGAGGAAAGUGUCUAACUUUUUCAAAACCCCAAUGAAUUAUUUUUCAAACCGACGACGUACCAUAGACGCCUCAACUUUCAAUCACUCAUUAAAUGACAGCAUCGUUUCCACGUCGGGUGUUUUUAAUGUCGAAACCAUCGAUAAUUUGAAUUCUUGCCUUAACAGCGAGGACGCGACUCCACAAGGUUAUACGAAUCGAUCGCGUAAGAGCCUCUUUUCAAGGACAUUCAGUUCAUCUCGGUUCAGCCGAACUAAGUCGAAAAAGUCUGUAAUGAAAUCCACAAAAUUAUCCGUCAACGACGAAAUCGACGGACUUGAACACAAAAUGAAUCACAGUUGUUUUGCGGAUAUUUCCAUGAAUUCCGUUCCCACUGAUCCCUGCGGUUUUAAUGGGCUUUCGGAUGGAAUAGCAAGGCCUUCAAGGACUACUGCUGCUCUUGCGGUGGUAGAUGAAUCUUCUAUCUCGGAAAGGCCAGAUGUACCACUUAGGGCGUUUGUUGUCAAAGCUGAAUGGUUUUGGACAUCAGUACAAAAAGAAUGUAGUCUUGACGAGAAAGAGUACCUGUUUGAUGACUAUAUUGAACACGCCAUAGUAACGCCAGGGGCACGGCGAGAUUCACAUGCUGCAACGCCAUGUAGUGCAAGCAGGCGAAAACGUAAACGAAUACAGGAAACACUUCAAUCAUUAGUACAAACUCAGUCUCCUGGCCUCCAUAAAAGAAGAUCAUCUGUGAGUGAUGCUGGACUUCUCUCAGUCUCGGGUUCUUUCUUGGAUUGCACUGCAAGCCCGGCUGAAAAGGUCAUAAUUGAUGGCGCAGAACCAGUGCUAGAAACCCCACGUAAGGCUCUAACACCAAGGCACCAAGUCUUCCUUGAACUUCUUCAAACUGAAUCGAAUUAUGUAGAUAUAUUACACACUAUUAUGAAUAUGUUUAAAAAACAUCUGGAGGACAUGCCAGAUGAAGAUGCUUUACUCAAUAAUACAGAAUUGAAUCUCAUUUUUGGUAAAUUGCCUCCAAUCUAUGAAACCCAUUUGAAAAUGUUAGAUGAGAUGAGGUGGUUGUCAGCUCAUUGGACAGAGGAUAAAAGCAUAGGCAACAUUAUAAUAAAAUAUUCAACCGAGUUACAGAGAGCGUACCCGCCUUUUAUCAAUUAUUUUGAAGAGAUGAAGGAAGUUUUAUCACGUUGUGACCAAACGAGACCGCGAUUUCAUGCUUUCCUGAAGGCAUGUCAGACGCGGCCAGAAUGUGGUCGUCAGAGCUUACAGGAACUUAUGAUCCGUCCUGUCCAAAGGUUGGGAAGUAUUAGCUUGCUCUUGAAUGAUAUUUUAAAGAAUACUUCAAAAACAAACCCCGAUAACGCAGCCCUUGAUCAAGCGCUGGCAGCUCUUAGAGAGGUAAUGACCCACAUCAAUGAAGACAAACGAAAAGCUGAGGGCCAAGUAACUCUUUUCAACAUCUUUAACGAUAUAGAUAAUUGCCCUCCGGACAUAGUUUCGUCGCAUCGUAGUUACAUAGCGAAAACAGAAGUCAUUCAGCUAUCAUCUUCAGAGGGUCUUGCUAGUAAAGGCAACAAUUUGGUUUUGUUCCUGUUUACUGAUCAACUGGAAGUGUGUAAGAAAAAGAAGACCUUCAACAGUAUGAAAAGUCCAUCUGCCACCGUUAGUUCUUCAUUUCAGUUGCAAGGAAGACCUACCAUCAAACCCUAUAAACACGUUCGAAUGAUGGCUCUUAAUACAAUAAAAAAAAUAAUUGACAUCAAGGAAACAGAAGAUUGUCAGAAAGUAUUUAGUUUGGUUUGUCGUAACAAUGAUGAGCUUAAGGAACGGCUGUAUUCAUUCACGAUGGCCGAUGAAGAAGUGGAUAAAGUCUCAUUUUUAAAACUAUUGUCAAGGACCAUGGCCAACAAUGCGUGUACGGCGGAUGCGGAUAAGUUUAUGGCUUAUCUGGAAGCUCAUCAGCUGGACAUAGACACCAGCGAUCUUACGAAUGGUACCUUAUCGAAGGCCUUGAAGUUCGCAAAAACGAGGCUAAAAGUCGGGCGGACGUUUUCCUUCAACAAGUCCACACCAUCGAAAUUGAAAAGGGCAGUUAGUUCCAUGAUGUCGCCGUUUGGCAGCUCAACGAAUUUAACGCCCGCUUCGCAGCUGGCACAAAUGCGACUCGCCAGCUACAGCAAUAUUAAUGAAUUAGGCAGUGGUGAAAACUCUGAAGAAUCUCCCCCCAUAGCUCCUAUGUCUGUGCAACCGACCCGUAAAGUUAAGGCUUCCUCGUUAGGUGUAAAUGCUUUAAAGCGAUUAUAGCGUUUUUAUUAUAUUUUUUUUUAUCGUAUUUGUACAUAUUACAGUUUUUAUUAUAUUAAAAGGAUGCAGUUUUAAA